AUGGAAAUAGUGGGUGAUUAUGAGUACAACACAAAAGACCUCAUUGGUCAUGGAGCUUUUGCUGUUGUUUUCAAAGGCAGACACAGAAAAAAACCUAAUUUCGUUGUUGCAAUCAAAAGUAUUACUAAAAAGAGUUUGGCUAAGUCGCAAAAUCUUCUGGGCAAAGAAAUCAAGAUUUUAAAGGAGCUUACGGAGCUGCAUCACGAAAAUGUUGUUGCGUUAUUGGAUUGCAAGGAAUCCAAUCAUAAUGUCUUCCUCGUUAUGGAGUAUUGCAAUGGAGGCGACCUGGCUGACUAUCUUGGAGCCAAGGGAACACUAUCUGAAGAUACAAUAAGAGUAUUCUUGAAGCAAUUAGCAGGAGCUAUGAAAGCUCUUCAUGCCAAAGGAGUCGUCCACAGAGAUCUGAAGCCACAAAAUAUUCUCCUAAGCCACAACUGUGGAAAAGCUUGUCCUCAGCCCCACCAAAUCACAUUGAAAAUAGAGACUGUCCAAGAGCCGCAAGCUGGGCUGAUAAACGCAUCCGUUCCAGAGGCCAGCAGUCCUUGCUCGAGUCCGGAAGACGACUACGUCCUGGUACCAAACGACUUGAGCAACGACAUUGAGAACAAUCCCACUCCUCACCAAGUUAAGUACACGAAACAGAUGAGCAAAGAAGCAGUCAGUCCUCCGAGACCUUGUUUUCUACCGAUAUCUGAGCCAAUUCCCGUUCCAACGCAACAAAGCACCGUUCAUCCGCCAUCCCCUUCAGCAACAGCACGAACUGAAACGAGUGUCGUUCCUCGAUCCCAGCCGAUCAGCAUGAAACGAAGCGUAGAUUGUCAUAAGAACUACCCCGUUGACAUCGGCUCGAUGAGUCCUCCCAGUGUCCAGUUUGUUAUCGGAACUCCGCCGAGCAGAAGGCUCAGCGAAACUCCACCGCCUCCUCACACUUGGCAAGUCAGUCCCAGUGCAAGGCACUCUCAUAUUUCUACUGGGAAUUCACCUCUCAAGAGAUCACUAGGAAGUAACAGCGCUUCCUCACCACUUCUCACUGGACCUCUCGCUGUUUUGGGUUCACCGACUGCUAAAGCACUUCAAGAUAAUAAUAAUACUUUGAGGCAUUCGCCGGUUAUUCCUUUUGGAACUCGCGCAGUAACUUUACCUGAAAUAUCGGACGAUCGUCCUUUGACAUUCAUCGCCCCAGAAUUACCCGAAGAAACUCUUCUGGAACGCGAGCACAAUGAAAUCCUAGCAAAGUUAAACUUUGUCGUGGCACUGUGUGACUGUGUCAGCGAAGUCGCUAGAACUCGAGCAGGACCUUUGGGUGCGCCUCUGGGAGGCGUUGAAUCAGCCAGCAACGCCGCGACAAAAAGACGAGCUGAGCAAGUUAUUCUCUUGGUCAGAGCUCUGCAGUGGCUCAGUUCGGGCCUCAGCUUGGCAACUCAGCAGCUCAAAGCUGGAAGACUCCAGCCCACAGCCAACGUCAAGGAAGUUGUUAAUACAAUGAAUGAUAAGUUUAGAAUCUGUCUGGCUGAAUGCAAGCAAUUGAACAGUGCUGGGUUACUACGGCAAACUGGAGCAACUGCUGACAAAAUUCUAUACAAUCAUGCAAUACAAAUGUGUCAAUCGGCGGCUCUGGAUGAGCUCUUUGGGAAUCCAGCUGAGUGCUUUCAACGUUAUCAUACUGCACAAAUUCUCCUUCAUUCUCUGUCUCAGCACGUGAGCCACAGCCAAGACAGAGCAUUGCUUAUCAAAUAUAAAACUGCUGUGGAAAAACGACUGUACGUGCUCCAACAACAAGGAUAUAUUUAUGCCACAGAUCCGACGUAA